AUGAGAAAAAACAUACAAAAUCCAGUUAUUUCGUUUAAUACUAUUAAUAAAGAACCACUAACAAAUGAAAUAAGACCAGGAUUUACCAAAUCUUGGGAAGAUUUUGAUCGUAUUUUCAGAGAUGUCAAAAACGAAAUUAAUGAGAGAGAAGAGAAAAAAAGACAAGAAAAACUUGAGAACGAAUAUCUUAUCGAUGUUGCUGCAGAAGAGUUUAAAUUAUCACAACAAAGUGUUCAAACGAUGAAAGACAGUUUUACACAAAAUACGAAAAAGCCUCAAAUAAAAGAACUUAAAUUAAAGAGAAUUAUUGAUAACAAAGCAGGACAAUUCCAAAUUGAUGAAACUAGAAAAACUAAUGACGAAAUAGAAGAGAUAUCAACUCAAGAAUUUGAACUUAUUAAAAAGAAACAAAUUGAGAAAAAGAAAAAUGAUGAUGACCUUGAGAUUGAAAGUGAUUCAGAUGAUUGGAGUAAAAAGUCAUUAAUUAACAAAGAUAAUACAAAAAGAAAUGAAAAAAGAGAAGAUGAUGACAUUGAUAUUACUCCUUUUCCAACUCAAAGUGAAGAUGGGAAUUUUGGUGUGAAGAGUUGGAUCUUAAACAACACCCAAGACAAAACAAGGACAUCUGAUCUUGAACUUAUCAAAGGAUACCAAAAUAAUAAAAUGGAAGAGGUGUUAGAUGGACAAGAUACAGGAGAUUAUAAAAAUGAAAAAAAAAGUGAAAGUGAAUUAAAACAAAUAAGUACUGAAAAGUCAUACAAAAGUAAUGAAGGAAAGUCAUUAGAAAAGAAAACAGAAUUUCCACAAAUACACUUAAACACAAUUGAUAUCCAAAAAGAAAAACAUCAAAUGCAAGAAACACAAGUAACUCAAAACAAUUUACUCAAUAACACUAUUGAUAGUGAAAUACCAAUUGAUAAUAAAACCAUUACUAUAAUACCAAACAUCGAGAUAAAAUCCAAUACCAAUUUACAACAAGAAGAAACAAGAAAAAAUCAAUUAAAUGAAGAACUAGAAACAACUGAAGGUGAAAUUGAAAAUACUGAAGUUCAAAAGAAAGAAGGUAAUAGUGGUGAUAUGAUGGAAUUAGAAGAGGAUAGCAUUAGUUUAAUAAAUAAAAUAGAAGAAAAAAAUCAAUACAGUUUUAGACUCCCGCAUGAAUUAAAAAACUUACAAGUAUCACUCUGUUUAUUGAUUUACAAAUUUAUGUACUGUGGAGCUCCAUACAAAGUUUAUGGAUGUUAUGAUGAAAAAUUCAAUGUGUUUAUUGUUAUCACUAAAUUGACUGUAGAAAAUUAUCCAUCAACUACUAGCUUUAAAACUCUUCAAAAAUUUAGUGAAAAAUUACCUAUUUUAAUUAAUAAAGAACGACCAAAGUAUCAAAUAAAAGAACAUGAAGUACCACCACAUGUAAAUGAUAUAAUUAAUGAAAAUAUUAAAGAAGUUAUAAAAGAAAUAAAACAUUGUAAAGAUGCAACAAAAUUAAUAUGA